AAACAAAAGAGAGAGGGAGAAAGAACGCAGCAGAGAGAGAGGGAGAGGGGGAGAAGGCCGGUGGAGAUCAAGUGUCGCCGGAAGGACAAAGCCAGCGGCGAUCGGCGUUCAGCAAGCAACAGCGCCUCGUCCGCCUCCCCACUAAAAGAAGAGAGCUCAACGAAGCCAAGCCAAGCCAACAAUGGCGUACUCAAAUGUAGUCUCGAGGUUAUCGUUGCGAUUACAACCUUUCGCUCUCAAACUCGGCAAAAUAUCGCUCUCUCCGCUCAAAUCCUGCUCUCAAUCACAAGCCUCUUCCUCUGCCUCCGCCUCCGCGGGACGCUUUUCCCGCAUUUCUCGGUUACCGUUGGAGUUAAGCAGCGUGGAAACGAUGAUACCGUUGCACAACGCGAUAGCUUCGGCGAGGCUUGUGUCGAGCUUGUCCACUGAUUCUCAGACCUGGAGUUUAGUUCCUCAAGGUAUAUCAAUGCCUUUAUGACAGAGUCUGGUGGCAGCAAGUUCAUAUUCUAGGCGGCAUUUCUGCUUGAGGGCAAUUUUAUUUUGUUCUGACUUUUGAGGCCUCUAUUGUACUUAGAUUGCUUCAUUCAUCUUCAUCCGUUUUUAUACUGUUUUUGAAUGUCCAUUACCAGGAGAGCCUGGAUGAAUUUUUGUUAACCAUGGUUAAGUUACUUUGUUCUGUAUGCCUAGCAAAGUAGUCUAUAGCUUUGCUCUCUUGUUAUUUAGAUAUAUUUACAAUUUCCAUGUGGCAUAUUUCAGGUGACUUAUCGUUUCCAUUUGAUAA